UUUCUUUAUUUAUUUAACCACAGUUACUGUUCAGAUGAAGAUAUAUUGUUUACUAGCUGCUGCCCGCGACGUCGUCUGCGUGAACGCUAUACAGCACCAAAAUGAGCAAGAGAGAGGGCAACCAUUACUGCUUAUACGUACAUUUCAGAAUAAAAUGAUUCUACUAAUAUUAUUUAUUCAACUAUCAUUAAUUAAUUCAGAGUUACAUAUAAACGAGACAGCACAUCAAAUUAAAUAUAUAUUAAAUAAAUACAAAUCGUACAGACAAUCUCGUUGUACCGACAACAAUGAAGAAUAUUCAAAAUUGAAAAACUUUGCUGAGAAUACUUUAAUUUUUUUUGAAAAGACUGAGCGUUUUGGAGACUAUUUGAAACAUUAUAAUGUCAGUGAUUGCCAUACCAGUGAAAACAGAGGAUCUUUGUACAAUUUUCAACAUAUAGUUGAAGGUUUAUUAAUACAUAGUGAUGUACCAGUGACACAUUGGGAUGAAUAUAAGACAGCAUACAACAAAAGUUAUUUAAAUUGUUAUCACGAAAGAACAUCUUAUUUGAUAUGGCGGAAUAACCUCGAACGUGUAGCGAAACAUAAUCAGGAAUACUUGGCUGGAGAGAAGAGUUACUCCUUGCAUCUCAACCAUUUUGGUGACUGGCAUAUAAGCGCUUAUAUAAAGCAGCUAUUGAAAUUAAUAAAGACGAUACCUCUCUUCGACCCAUCUCAAGAUCACGAAAAAAGAGCGUACCAAGACAACAUACACGUACACCGCAGGAUACCAAAAAGCUUCGAUUGGCGCGCUAAAGGUUUUCAGCCGCGGCGUGAGGAACAGUGGCACUGCGGGGCGUGUUACGCGUUUGCGGUCACUCACGCACUGCAGGCGCAGCUUUACAAGAAACACAGAGAUUGGAGAGAGCUGAGUCCACAGCAAAUUGUUGACUGCAGUUUGAAAGAUGGUAACUUGGGCUGUGACGGAGGCUCCUUGCAAGCGGCAAUGAGAUACGCUGCCAGAGAUGGGCUCAUGAUGGAAACCCACUACCCUUAUCUUGGAAAGAGAGGCCGCUGUCACUACAACAGCCGACAUAUCAGAGUACGAGCUCGGCGUUGGGCGAUGUUACCUAAAGAUGAAAAUGCAAUUGAACUGGCCUUAGCGACCAUCGGACCAUUGGCAGUUGCUGUCAAUGCGGCUCCGCUCACUUUCCAAUUAUACAGGUAGUUGUAGUUUUUAUAUCAUAACGGUGACAAACAAAACGUACCUAGGGUCAAUCUGAUGGUAAGUGGUUACCU